UUCAAGUUAACCAGUGGUUUUCCCGUACUCCUGCUUCUAUUCUCUUUUGCUAGUCCUUCCGGUUUUUGACCCGUGCCUGUUUUCUGGACUCCGUACCGGUCUGCAUGACCAUUCUGCUUGCCCUGACCUCGAGCCUGCCUGCCACUCUGUACCUCCUGAACUGGUUUUGACCUUUUGCCUGUUCACAACCAUUCUCUUGCCUACCCCUUUUGGAUUGGUUAACAAAUAUCAAGACUCAAACCAUCUGCCUCCCAUGUCUGCAUCUGGGUCUCGCCUUGUAUCCUUAUACAAGUUUGAACGUAUCUUGAUUACUGUCCAGUCAUAUGGUCAAGUGCUGCAAAGAAAGACUUAGCUAAGCUGCAGCUGGACCAGAACAGCACAUCUUGUUCUUCAUCGGUUUUGGGUGGAGUAGGUAGACAUGGCUGACCAAGAAAUUGGGCCCGUUGGGUUGGGCAAGAGGGCUGCAGCAGGUGCUGCAGUUUUCAAAGUGCGCGAGGCUGCAAUGGCUAUUCUUCAAACAGAAUCUACUGGUAACCUGAAAGUACAAAAACGGAGUGUCCCAUCGACUCCUUUCAUCGUACCAGAACCUUCCCUAAAACCAUACAAGCGGCCCCCCACUCUGCUAUUGCCACCUUCGCACCAUGCCAUCCCAGUUGGAGGAUUUACCUGUGAGGUGUGCGGCCAGAACUUCUUCUCUUUUCCUCAGAUGGUGAGACACAAACAGUUCCACGACGAAGAAAGGCCGUUUCCCUGUGGUGUGUGUGGGAAACGUUUCCUGAGCCGCAGCCACUACACUGAGCACCAGCGGGUUCACACUGGGGAGCGCCCCUUUCCUUGCGACCAGUGUGAGCGCUCGUUCACCACACACCACAACCUAAAGCGUCACCACACCAUCCAUGCCAAAGAGGAGGCGUACCGCUGCCGAAAGUGUGGUGUACUCUUCUGCCAGCGUCACGAGUACCCCAAUGGCAUACCUCAACCUGACCUCGAGCCUCGACCUGGGUUCGAAUCCAUGCCCACGAUGCAACCCACACCUCCCAUUCAGGUCACACUCACACCCAAGCAGCUUAAGAAGCUUAACAAGAGCCAUAAUCUCUCAACCAAACAUGAUCAUUCUAAGAAGAAGAAGAAAAAGAGGAGAGUCAAGCAUCCAGGCACAGCAGAGAAAGUACAUUCUGUGCCUCAAGAGGAACUUUGGCCUGUGUUGUUAACUAGAGGAGAAAAAUUGCAAAAAGUUGCGUAUGACAUCGAGGUUAUUCUUUGAUUCUGCAUGAUGAAACAAAUGGGAUAAUCAGUUAGAUUAUUUUUAAAAACAAGAUGAACAUUGUUCUGUUUCUUCUCCACCCAUGUGGAUGCACUGUUUCAUAAAAUGACUUAUACCUCAACACUUGUUUUGCAUCACAUCAUGAUUUUGGUAUUUAUUCCUUCAUUGAGUUUGAGAAAAUAAGAACUUUCUCUCCACCAGUGAUAAUGAUUAGAAAAUAUUUUGUCAAGCAUUUAAAAUGGUUAACAGUCCUCUGAAAUGUUAUGGUUUUGCCUUUGAGAUCGUGACAAGUUUUUGUUGGUGUUACUUUAGUGUAUAUAUAUUUUUGGGAUUAUGAUUCAUUCAUUCAAUUAUACUUGAUCCAUUGUGAAGAAAGGGCUAAUUAGACUGUCUAUACAUUAUUAAAUGACUUGCUGUUAAACUAACUUACUCUUCUGUUACACAUUCAAAACUAAUUUCUAUAACAAAUCAUGUUCAUCCACUUUUUAGAUUACGAUCAUAGAGGCCUGUAGUGUUUCUUGCUGGUUCUCAACCAUUAAAUUGUCCAGAAAUUGCCCUCACCAAUGUAUGUACAUGUAAAUAAUCCUGAGGUUUUUUUUUGAUUAUGAAUUAGGAAUAUCUAUAGUCCGUGUCAAGUGACUAAUUCUGUUGAAUUGGAGUAACAAUUAAAGUUCCAGAGUCUAUGUCAAACUGCUAUGAAAUGAUA